GCUGGGCGGGUCGUACACUGGAUAGCUCGGAAUUAGGGACUCUUGUCUUGCCAUCCCUUCAGUUGCUCUGGGUUUUUCAAUCUUUACUCGUUGCUCGCAUUCUUUUGCAAAAGAACAAGUGCAGUUGGAUAUUAUACAGUUUUUGAAGUUACCCUCAACCAGACAUUUGCGUACAAGUCAAUAAGAAGGAACUGCAGAGAGAAAAACUAAAAUGACAACAACAGCUACUGAGUUUGAUAAUGUGGAGAUCCAGCAGCAAUACAGUCAGGUUAACAUACGAUGGGAAGUCUCCUGUGAUGAAGUGGACAAUGAGAACUGUUCUGCAAGGCUUUUUGAACGCUCCAGGAUUAAGGCGCUUGCAGAUGAACGUGAAGUGGUGCAAAAGAAAACUUUUACAAAAUGGGUGAACUCUCAUCUGGCCCGUGUCACCUGUCGCAUUUCUGAUCUGUAUAUGGACCUGAGAGAUGGACGCAUGUUGAUCAAACUGCUGGAAGUUCUUUCAGGAGAGCAGCUGCCCAAGCCAACUAAAGGAAGAAUGCGAAUCCACUGCCUAGAAAACGUGGAUAAGGCUCUGCAGUUCCUCAAAGAGCAAAGAGUGCACCUGGAAAACAUGGGAUCACAUGACAUCGUCGAUGGCAACCACAGGCUGAUACUUGGUCUUAUCUGGACCAUUAUUUUACGUUUCCAGAUACAAGAUAUUGUUGUGGAGACUCAAGACCUCCGUGAAACUCGUUCUGCCAAAGAUGCUUUGCUUCUGUGGUGCCAGAUGAAGACAGCAGGGUAUCCUAAUGUAAAUGUUACAAAUUUCACAUCAAGCUGGAAGGAUGGUCUGGCUUUCAAUGCACUGAUCCACAAACACAGGCCUGAUUUGGUUGAAUAUGACAAACUGAAAAAAUCAAAUGCUGUGUACAAUCUUCAGAAUGCCUUCAACACUGCCGAAAAGCAGCUAGGUGUGACUAAACUGCUUGACCCUGAAGAUGUUUAUACUGAAAACCCUGAUGAAAAAUCCAUCAUCACCUAUGUUGUGGCCUUCUAUCAUUAUUUCUCCAAGAUGAAAGCCUUGGCUGUUGAAGGAAAGAGGAUUGGAAAGGUGUUGGAUCGGUCCGUUGAGACAGAAAAGAUGAUUGGGAAGUAUGAAACCCUUGCUUCCGAUUUGUUGACUUGGAUUGAGCAAACUAUUAUUAUACUGAACAGCCGGAAGCUGGCCAAUUCCUUAACGGGAGUGCAGCAACAGUUACAAGCUUUCAACACCUACCACACAGUGGACAAGCCACCUAAAUUUCAAGAAAAGGGAAAUUUGGAGGUUCUCUUGUUUACUAUCCAGAGCAAAAUGAGGGCUAACAACCAGAAGGUUUACACACCUCGUGAGGGCAAGCUGGUUUAUGACAUCAACAGGGCCUGGGAAAGACUGGAAAAGGCAGAGCAUGAGAGGGGAUUAGUUCUUAGAAAUGAACUCAUCAGGCAGGAGAAACUUGAGCAGCUUGCAAGACGUUUUGAUCGCAAGGCUCAAAUGCGAGAAACAUGGCUAAGUGAAAAUCAGCUCCUUGUUGCUCAGGAUAACUUUGGCUAUGAUAUAGCAGCAGUGGAAGCAGCAAAGAAGAAACAUGACGCGAUUGAAACAGAUAUCGCUGCUUAUGAAGAACGUGUGCAGGCUAUAGUGAAUGUAGCAGAUGAACUAGAGGCAGAAAGAUAUCAUGAUGUGAAGCGUAUCAGUGCUCGAAAAGACAGCAUCUUGCGUCUCUGGAAAUACCUUUUAGAGCUACUCAGUGCUCGUCGCGGAAGACUUGAGAAGAAUGUAGAACUUCAGAAGAGCUUUCAGGAUAUGCUAUAUCUGAUAGAUUGGAUGGAUGAGAUGAAGGCACGUCUGCUCUCACCAGAUUUUGGAAAGCACCUCCUUGAGGUAGAAGACCUACUUCAGAAACACACACUGAUAGAAGCAGACAUUGCAGCUCAGGCUGACAGAGUAAGAGCUGUGAAUUCAGCUGCAAUCCGCUUUGCUGAAGGAAGUGAUUACAAACCAUGUGAUCCUCAAGUAAUCUGGGACCGGGUUAAUCACCUAGACCUAUGUUAUGAAGACCUUUGUACCCUUGCAGCUCAACGCAAGGCUCGCCUUGAAGACUCAAAACGUCUUUGGAGAUUCCUCUGGGAAGUGACUGAAGCCGAGAGUUGGAUUAAAGAGAAAGAGCAAAUUUUCUCUACAUCAGAUUAUGGGAAAGAUCUUAGUACUAUUCAGGUUUUACAGAGCAAACAUAAAGCAUUUGAAGAUGAACUUCAAGGUCUUCGAGGCCACUUGGAACAGACUGUCAAGGAAGGAGAACAAAUGAUUGCAGACCAGCACUUUGGGACACCAACAAUAAAAGCUAAGAUCAAGGAGAUUGUGGACUUGUGGUCCCAGUUGGAAGAUUUGGCUGCCUUCCGCAAAAUGAAUCUUCAAGAUGCUCAAAAUUUAUUUCAAUUCCAGGCAGAUGCAGAUGAUAUCAAGGCAUGGUUGCAGGAUGCCUACCGGGUUAUGUCCACUGUCGAUGUUGGUCAUGAUGAAUACUCUACUCAGACUCUUAUUAAGAAACAUGGUGACCUUCAAGAUAAAAUAAUGAAUUAUGGUGCCACCAUUGAGAGUCUUGACAAGCAAACACAGGGUUUCUCUAGAGAGUUAAGGGAAUCACCUGACAUCCAGGACCGGCUAAGAGAGCUUAAAGACCUAUAUGUAGAUGUUUUUUCACUGGCAGAUCAACGCAAGCAGAAUCUUCAGGAUGCUUUAUUCCUUUAUACAGUCUUCAGUGAAACAGAUGCCUGUGAGCUUUGGAUGAAUGAAAAGGAAAAGUGGCUGGAAGGAGUAGGGAUUCCUCAUAAGCUGGAAGAUCUUGAAGUUGUUCAGCAGAGGUUCAACAUUUUAGAUCAAGAAAUGAACAACAUGGCAUCUAGAGUCAAUGAUGUGAAUCAAGCAGCCAACCACCUGAUUGAGACUGGGCAUCCAAGUACUAAGGAAGUCAGCGAGUGUCAAAUUCGUCUGAACACAAGGUGGAACCUACUUUUAAAGAUGGUGCAGGAGAAGAGAAGAAUUGUUGACUCUGCUCUCAGUCUUCACAACUACACUCUUGACUGUGAUGAAACAGAAAUGUGGAUCCGUGAGAAAACUAAAAUUGUUGAAUCCACUUUGGACCUGGGUAAUGAUCUACAUGCUGUUAUUGCCUCACAGAGGAAACUUUAUGGCAUAGAAAGAGACCUUGCUGCUGUCCAAGCAAAAGUGCUGGAGCUGCAGAGCGAUGCCCAGGUUCUAGCUAAGGAGCAUCCUGAGCAUGCACAAGACAUCGAUCGCAGGUUGAAUGCUGUUAACAGUGUUUGGGGUGACCUUCAGCUGGCUCUGCAGAACCGUGAGGCAUCACUUGGGGAGGCCAGCAAGCUGCAGAAGUUUUUGCAAGAUCUGGAUGACUUUCAGUCCUGGCUGUUUAAGGCACAAAAAGCCAUUGCAUCUGAAGAUCUUCCCAAUUCCUUGCCAGAAGCAGAAAAGCUUUUGAGUGACCACAACAGUAUUAGGUAUGAAAUUUUGCAACAUGAGGGAGAUUAUCAUAAAAUCAAAGAUACUGGUGAAAGAGUAACUUAUGGACAGGUUGAUCCUCAGUACCAGGAGCUUGGCCAGCAUCUGAAAGACCUUGAUACUGGAUGGGAUGAACUUCAACAGAUUUGGGACAGGAGAGCAGAUAUGAUUAAUCAAGCUCUUGGAUUUCAAUAUUUCCUCAGGGAUGCAAAGCAGGCUGGAGCCAUUUUAACUAAACAGGAGUAUACCCUUGCCCAUACUGAACAAGCAGAUACUCUUGAAGCUGCAGAGGCCGCUAUAAGAAAGCAUGAUGAUUUCAUGGCAACAAUGGAAGCAAACAAGGAGAAGAUUACAGGGGCAAUUGAGAGUGGGGAGAGACUCAUAGACAGCAAAAAUAUUUACUCUGAUAAGGUCAAAGAAAAGAUCAUUUCCAUCGAUGACAGGUCCCAGAUCAAUAAUGCCAAGGCUGACGUAGUAGCUGCCCAACUGAAAGACAACAGAGACCUUCAACAUUUUCUUCAGAACUGCCAAGAGCUUACCUUCUGGAUCAAUGAGAAGAUGUUGACAGCUCAGGAUACAUCAUAUGAUGAGGCUCGGAACCUCCACAGCAAGUGGCUUAAACACCAAGCCUUUAUGGCAGAGUUGGCCUCUAAUAAGGGAUGGCUUGACAGUGUUGAUAAGGAAGGUACACAGCUGAUGAAAGAGAAACCACAGUUUGCCCCUGUGGUUGUAGAGAAGUUAAACGAGCUGCAUCGACUCUGGAAUGAGCUGGAGAACACCACAUCUGGGAAAGCCCGGCUCCUGUUUGAUGCCAACCGCUCUGAGCUGUAUGCCCAAAGUGUUUCUGACCUGGACAGGUGGCUCAAUGAACUAAAUACACACUUAACUUCAGAGGAUUAUGGGAAAGAUCUAACCACUGUCAACAGACUACUUAAGGAUCAUGAGCGACUGGAGGGCCAAGUUGAAGUGAGAAAAAUGGAAAUGGAGGAUUUGCAGGCUCAGGCCCCUAUCCUGCGACAGGAAGGCCAGAGUGUAGUGGAUGGAGACGAUAUUGAACAGAACAUCAAAGCAAAAUUUCUUCAGCUCAUGAUUCCCUUAAAGGAAAGGCAUGACAAACUAAAAGGUUCUAAAGAAGUAUAUCAGUUCUUUCGAGAUUUGGCAGAUGAAGAGUUGUGGGUGGAAGAAAGAUUGCCACAAGCUGAAUCUAGAGACUAUGGCCAGAACCUCCAGGCAGUGCAGUUACUAAUGAAGAAGAACCAGACUCUGCAGAAAGAGAUACAAGGCCAUCAACCUCGAAUUGACGAUGUUUCUGACAGAGGAGAAAACAUAAUUGCUUCAGGCAAUCCUUCAUCUGAUGACAUUAAACAGCAAUUAAAUGAUUUGACAAACUUGUGGAACAGACUGAAGAAUGAAACUAGCUUGAGGCAAGAGCACUUGCAGUUGGCAAAUGAGGUUCAACAGUAUUACCAGGAUGCUGCAGAGGCUGAGGCUUGGAUGGGGGAGCAGGAGCUUUACAUGCUUGUUGAUGAAAAGGCCAAGGAUGAACAAAGUGCAGCUCUGAUGCUGAAGCGGCAUUUGACAUUCCAGCAGACUGUUGCAAAUUAUGAAGACACAGUCAAGCAGCUGGCUGAUAGGGCCCAAAGUUUGCUUGCCCUGGAGCACCCUGACAGUGAACAGAUUUCCAGAUGCCAGGAGCAGGUGGAUAAGCAGUACAUUGGUCUCAGCAAACAAGUCGAAGAUCGCAAGCGAAGAUUGGAUCAUGAGCUCCAGCUGUUUCAGCUGAGUCGGGAGGUUGAAGAUCUGUUGCAGUGGAUUGCAGAAAGAGAGACAGUGGCUUCGUCCCAGGAGUUAGGACAAGACUUGGACCAUGUUACACUUCUGAGGGAUAAAUUUCGGGAGUUUGCAAGAGACACUGGUGCUAUUGGACAGGAGCGAGUAGAUAAUGUGAACAUCCUGAUUGAUGAGCUCAUUGAUGCUGGCCAUUUUGAAGCUGUCACCAUGGCGGACUGGAAGGAUAAUCUGAAUGAGAGCUGGGCAGACCUCCUGGAGCUGAUAGACACACGCUUACAACUGCUGACUGCAUCCUAUGAUCUGCAUAAGUACUUCUGUGAUGGCAAUGAAAUCCUAGCUCUGAUUGAAGACAAACGUCAGCAGCUGCCCAAGGAGUUAGGUGUGGAUGUGAACACAGCAGAGGCCUUUCAUAGAAUGCAUACUUCUUUUGAGCGUGAUAUCCAUACCCUUGGAACUAAGGUGCAGAAUUUCCAGGAUGAUGCAGCACACUUGCAGUCUGCAUAUGCUGGGGACAAAUCUAUAGAAAUUCAAAAGCGGGAACAGGAAGUGGUACAAGCAUGGAAAGCUCUUCUGGAUGCUUGUGAUGGACGUCGUGCUCAGCUGAUUGAUACAGCUGAGAAAUUCCGUUUCUUCAAAAUGGUACGAGAAUUGAUGUCGUGGAUGGAAAGUGUAAUUAGACAGAUUGAAACACAGGAAAAGCCACGAGAUGUGUCCUCAGUAGAAUUGUUAAUGAAAUAUCAUCAAGGAAUUAUGGCUGAGAUUGAUGCCAGGAAUAUGACCUUCACCACUUGUAUUGACCUGGGAAGAACAAUGCUAGCUCGACAACACUAUGCUUCAGAAGAGAUAAAAGAAAAACUGGCACAAGUCACUGAAAAGAGAAGUGAAAUGAUGACAAAAUGGGAAGCGCGUUAUGAAUGGCUUCGCAUACUACUUGAGGUGUGCCAGUUUGCAAGGGAUGCUUCACUUGCAGAGGCAUGGCUAAUUGCACAAGAGUCCUACCUUGCUAGUCGUGACUAUGGAAAUAGUGUGGAUGAAGUUGAGAAGCUGAUAAAGAGACAUGAAGCCUUUGAAAAAUCAACCGUAACAUGGGAAGAGAGAUUUGCAGCACUGGAGAAACUAACCACACUGGAGUUGCUCGAACUACGGAAACACCAAGAAGCUGCAAGACUAAAAGCUCAGACUUUUGAAGAGCAAGACUUCAUCCCUGACUAUGACUAUGAUGACAGAAUGCAGGAUGAAUUUGAAGAACAAGCCCUAUCCAGGGAGCACACUGCUUUUGAAACACCUGACUUAAGUCAACAUGUAACAGUACGGCAACCACCGACACUAGCCGAGGAAGAAGAUCUGGUGAAUGGCACAGAAAUUCUAGAAGACCUGCCUCUUGAAACUGAAGACCAAAAGGAAACAGAAGAGAAACAAGUCCAGAAGCCACCACCUUUGAUAUUGGAACCACCCAUAGAAGAAGCAGCUACUCUCCCUGCCAAGCCAAUGACCACGCAGUUUAGCAGUCAGCUUGAACGCAAACAUGAAAUGGAGGGCCCAAGUAAAAGGGCUUCAAACAGGUCUUGGAUCAGUCUAUACUGUGUGCUGAAGAAUGGAGAGCUUUCGUUUUAUAAAGAUGCAAAAAGUUUCACAUCGCUAAUUACUUACCACGGAGAAGAACCUUUUAAUCUGAAAGAUGCAUUUUGUCAGGCAGCCAGUGGGUACAAGAAGAAGAAACAUGUCUUUAGACUACGGUUGUCUAAUGGCAGUGAAUGGCUUUUCCAGUGCAAGGAUGAGGAUGAGUUGGAGAAAUGGAUUGAGGCAGUAACAGCUGCAGUAGAAAGUAUUGAAGUAUCAAAGACUCCAGAAACACAAAGAAGGGCUCAAACUCUACCACUUCCAUCAACUCGUACACCUGAAGCAAGCCCUGGAAGGAAAGAUAAAGAAAAACGAUUCAGUUUCUUUCAAAAAAAGAAAUAGAAACUCCCCAGAUAAUGGCAUUUAUGUCUGGGUGCCUACAAUUGAUAGUGCCAAAUGAGUUACUUGAAAAGUGACAAGCUUUGAUGGUGUAAAUAUAUAUAUAUAUAUGUUGCUUUGUCCAAAAAAUGUGACAUAUAUAGCAUAUAGGAAGUCUGUUAAAUUAUUUUUGAAAAUCUGACUUAUUUUGUAAAUGUCAUCAUUUGAAAUGUUGUAGUUCUGUGUAUAGUGCCAACUGUAUACAAAAUUUUGUCAGUAUUCAUAACUACCAGUUUGUGUAUAAGUUUUGUAGACUCCCACUUCCACUAUGAGUGGACAAAUUUCAACCUGAUGAGGAUCACAGUCCCUGAACUCCACCCCUCACCACCACCAAAAAGAAAACAACAAAAAUACAUUUUAAGUGUGUUUUGCAGGGGGCAAGUCCACUUUCACCCCCCCAAAACUUAUAUAUACCAACUUCAUGGUUACCAUUGGCUGCACCAACUUGAAGAGAAGAGUUAACCCCCAAAAGAGCAUCAGUGCUGGCACAAAUCACUGACAGUGACUUCCUAUGGAAUAGCUCCAAUUCUCAGUGUGUUUUUGACCCUCAGGCAAAUGACACUCGAGAAUUCAGUCAUUGUCCACCAGUAGGGUAACAGCAGUCCCCCAAGUUUUCAGGCAUCCAGCUGCCGUGAACUUAUUUGAACUUACUGAUUUUAUUUAAAGCAGUUGUAUUAAUUGAUCAUGUAAAUUUUUAUUGUAGGGUCACAUUUUUGUUUUUUUUUAUCAGAUUUGUUUUAUUGUGUAAUUGUUUGAAACCAUAAUGUCACUGGUUAAGAUCUGUUCCCAAAGUUUCUAAACAAUUUUCAUAGAGAGUAAGAUGGUUCUGUGUUGGAUGUCAGUUACCAGUGUAAGAAAAUGUUUUAUCAAACAUGAUGUUUUGAUUUUUGCCAUUUCUAACAUAUUGUACACCUUCAUCAUCGGGCCAGGAAAGAUAACCUCUUCGUAGUGUACUUCACUUAUCUUUGUUUAAUUUUCAUACUUUUCUAAAGUUAUAAUUUAGUCCAUAAUAUAUGAAUCUCUACACUAAUCAGUGACAUAUUCUUGCUAAAAAUUUGGAAAACUAGGUAAAGGAAAACUUAAACCAGUCAAGAGGGCUAACUGAAGCUUAGUUGAAUGUACCCUUGACUUCUAGACGUUACAUUUCUACAGAACAUAGGCUAUAUAGUCAUAACAUUUCAAUACAAAUGUUGUCACAUCACAAUACAAAUUUGCAGCACAAUGAGAACUAGGCCCAGGUCACAUGUGCACAACCCAUCAGAAUUAAGAGGGGAACUUAAAACAUUGUUUUUUUUCACCAUUUUUUACAUAGACAGGUAUGAAUAUUAAAGCUGUUUUAAGAAUGGUUUCAUAAUUAUGAUUUUUGAUACAGCGAAAAAUGAACAUAUUCAUUGCAUAACAUUGUUUAGCUAUACCAUUUGCUAUCCUAAAAUAAACAGAGAGCAGUUCAUCACAGUAGUCAGUUUUAUUCACAUCUGCUACUACCAAAGAUUUUAUACCAUUUGGAUACAUUACAUGAGUUCACUGCCUUGCAUGAUAUAACUUACAAACAGGAAAAUGUUUAAUAAAAAUAUGAGUGAGACUUUU